AUAGACGUGAACGAGUGUGCCACCAAUAACGGAGGCUGCGAUCAGAUCUGUAACAAUACGAAAGGAAGUUAUGAGUGCAAAUGCCGCAGUGGUUUCUUACUUUCUAGCGAUAAACACAAAUGCAACGGUAAGUAAAAAAAAAAUAGAGUACAACAGCAAUACCUACAUUUGUGGCACAAUCUAUCUCCUAUGUCCUCCUAUAUUCAACAAUGUCUGAGGAACAGAAAAGUGUCAGCCUCGUAUGUACUGGUAAAAAUCUCCGGAGUUCGGUCGUUUCGAUACAAAAUCGUUUUUGUUUCGAUAAGAAGUCAAGCAGUGAUAUUGCACAAAAAUUUCGAUCACUUCAGACCUCCAGAAGCCUACUCUUGACUAAUUUUCAUCGUCUUGAGAUGGCAGGGAGAGAUUUGCCCCAGCUAAACAAUCGUGAGAGAAAGUCUUUGCGUAAGCAGUCUUAUUCUAGGAAACAUUCAAACAGUCGUUAAUUUGGAAUCUCAUUCAGAAUAAAUGGCAUACAAAUCAAAACUGGACAAUUCAAUGGUAAAACAUGGAAGACUAUAGACAAAAUCCUGAUCUUUGAAAUAAUCCAGGAGGUCAUAGUAAUCGAGAGUGUAAAUGAUGGAAAAGACAUCCUGGCCUUGUUCCCUCUAGAAUUCAAUAACAAUUGUCAAUUCAGUUUUAAGUGAACAAUAGCCUCAAUAAUUAACAAGAAACAACUAGUGUAAUUGAUAAUUAUCCUGCAAAAAGUAAUCCAUUCAUUACGAGACAGUCCGCGAUCCGAUACAAACACGUGACAGUUUAGAAUAUCACAUACCAAGAAAAGAGAAAGAUACCAAGUAAAAAUAAGUGGCAUGCAAAGACCAGUCUUCAUUUGAAAUCCCAGCUGUAGGGUAAACACUAGAGUUCAGUAGUCUUUUAUUUACGUGUAUCUGUUUACAUGUCAUAUAUUUUAUCUUUUCACUAUUUUGUUACUUUUUACCAUUCUUUUUUUUAUACCUGCUUGCGGCAUGGCACAGAUGUGGAUGAGUGUAGUGUUAAUAAAGGUGGCUGUAACCAGUUCUGCCAUAAUACCUUUGGGAGUUAUUAUUGCUCGUGCAAAAAUGGC